UUAAGAGAGAAAGGACCGGAGGAAGCAGACGGUAAAGAACCACAGCGGGCCGAAAGUAGUACGAGAAACUCAGAUUCUACUUUAAGGGUCACGUUGAAGAACGUGUGAAAGGAUAUGAGAUUUGUAUAGGUUCUUGUAGUUGUACCAGCUGAGUAGGACGCCGUUUGACCCGCCACCUUUGUUGAGAAGAAACGGACGAGUUUUCUUCGCUAGGUGGACUGACACCUCGAGUAUCAUGGGUUCCACAGAGCACCGCUCAACCCCGGAGGAAACUUUACUCCGUAUGUGCUGCUCACUCUUCAUCGCUUACCUUCUCCCCUGGACCGGCGCGUUCAACUUAGACAUAGAGAACCCGUCGGUAUACACCGGACCCGCGGGCAGCUAUUUUGGUUAUUCUGUGGACUUUUAUAUGGCACAGUCGACCCGAGAUGCAAGUAUCAUAGUUGGAGCACCAAAAGCCAACACCAGCCAGCCGGACAUCAAAGUUGGAGGCUCUGUGUUCUACUGCCCAUGGGGCCGUAACCUGUUUGAGUGCCACAGCAUAGAGUUUGACCGGCAGGGUGAUCUUAAUGUGAGCAUCAAUAAUGUUGAAACUCAGGCUGAGUUCAAGUCCCACCAGUGGUUUGGAGCAACUGUACGUGCACAUGAAGACUCUGUCUUGGCUUGUGCCCCUCUCUACUCUUGGAGAACCCAACAAGACAUGCCUGAGUCAGAUGUCACCGGCUCCUGCUACCUGUCCAUUAAAAACUUCACCAAAUUUGUGGAGUAUGCUCCCUGCCGCACAGAAUUCCAUGGAAUGAAGGGCCAGGGUUACUGUCAAGGUGGAUUCAGUGCUGAUUUCACCAAGGAUGGGAAGGUAGUACUUGGAGGACCAGGCAGCUAUUUUUGGCAAGGACAACUUAUCUCUGCUGUAAAGGAGGAAAUCAUCAAGGCCUACUACCCAGGCUAUUUCCUCACAUCAGUGGCAGGCCAGAUUCAGACCAAGCAGAAAAAAGAGAUCAACUUUGAUGACAGCUACAUGGGUUACUCUGUUGCAGUAGGAGAAUUUAAUGGAGAUGAUGAUGAAGACUUUGUGACAGGGGUUCCCAGAGGUGUACUUCUGCAUGGCCAGGUGUCUAUCCUUAAUGGCUCUUUGGAGACCAUGAAAACCUUUAUUGGUGAACAGAUGGGCUCCUACUUUGGCUAUGCUGUGGCUGCUACAGACAUCAACAAUGAUGGACUUACAGACUUGUUGGUUGGUGCUCCCAUGUUCAUGGUGCGUGACUCAGAUGGGAGGUUGGAGGAAUUAGGGCGAGUAUACGUGUAUUUACAGACGGGUCCACUGGAGCUUGCACCAUGUCUACCUCACCUCACCGGAACGCAAAUUUUUAGUCGGUUCGGCAGCUCGAUCACACCGCUGGGAGAUCUCAACCAGGAUGGCUUUAAUGACAUUGCUAUCAGUAGUCCAUUUGGUGGGAAAGAUGAACAAGGAUUGGUCUUCAUCUAUAAUGGUUAUGCUAAGGGACUCAGGGAAAAGCCCUCUCAAGUGAUUGCUGGUCAGUGGUCAUCAGCUGCCCCCCCUGCUCCUCCUGUCAGUUUUGGCUAUACCAUGAAAGGAGGAAAAGACUUGGAUCACAAUGGCUACCCAGAUCUCAUUGUGGGAGCUUUUGGAGCUGACAAGGCCGUUCUUUACAGAUCUCGCCCAAUCGUUAACACGAGUGCCACCUUAAUCGUGUACCCAACACUGAUUAAUCCUGAGGAGAAGACCUGCACCAUCAGCAGUGGAAACCAAACCACACAUGUUUCUUGUGUCAACUUGAGCUUCUGCCUUUCAGCCAAUGGGAAGCACCUUCCAGAAAAUCUAGUGUUUAAUGUAGAAGUGCAGCUGGACCAGCUGAAGCAGAAGGGAGCUGUUCAUAGGGCUUUGUUUUUGGACACCCAGCAGGCCAGCCUGCAGAGGAAACUAAAGGUGCCAAAUGAAGCCAAGGUCUGCCACGAGACGAAAAUCUACCUGAGGGAUGAAAAGGAAUUUCGGGAUAAGCUCUCCUCCAUCUUUAUCGCUCUCAACUUCAGUCUGGAUGCACAGGCUCCUGCAGACAGACACGGCCUCUGGCCGAUCCUGAAUUACCAGACGACUGAGCUAAUUGAGCAGAAGGCCCAAAUUUUACUGGACUGCGGAGAAGACAACGUCUGUGUCCCAGACCUGAAACUUUCUGUAAAUGGUGACAGGAAAGAAGUGUACAUGGGGGAUGAUAAUGCACUAACCCUGACUUUCAAUGCACGGAAUGAUGGAGGUGGCGCCUAUGAAGCCGAGCUCUACGUCGUGCUUCCUUCGGAGGCGGACUACAGUGGAAUUGCCCGCAAUAAUGAGAGUCUAACUCAGCUGACGUGCAGCUACGAGACAGAGAACAAGACACGGUACCUCAUCUGUGACCUUGGAAAUCCCAUGAAGUCUGGCACCAAUCUGUGGGCAGGUCUGCGUUUCACAGUUCCUCGGCUGCGGGAUUCACAGAAGGUGGUACAAUUUGACCUGCAGAUUCGCAGUAAAAAUGAGAAUAACUCUCAGAGUGAGGUUGUCCCCUACAGGCUGGAGGUAGUGGUCAAGGCUGAUGUUAUUUUACAGGGUGUGUCCCGACCAGAUAAGGUCUUCUUCCCACCUCCAAACUGGAAAGUGACCAAGAACAUUGCAGUGGAGCAAGAAAUUGGGCCUCCUGUGGAGCACAUCUAUGAGUUAGUAAAUAAUGGUCCAAGCCAUAUUAGCCACACAGUGCUUCAACUGAAAUGUCCCAUGAAGCUGCAGGCCCAGAGGUUUAUGUACCCUUUGGAGAUCAUCACUGAGGGGCCUGUAAACUGCACAACAUACAAUGUUGUGAACCCCAUGAACAUAAAGCUUCAGCAGUCCGCAAAGCAGCCUCCAUUAUUGAACCACCACGUUGAGAAGCGUGAAACGCACAGGGGAGAGCUGGCUGAGUUGACAAACCUGUCCUGUUCCAGCGUUGAGUGCUGGACCCUGCAGUGUAACGUGGGUGUAUUGGAGAAAGGUACCAGUGCCAUACUCCAGGUGCGUUCACGCAUCUGGGGCGAGACGUUCAACAUGAAAAAGUAUAAGAAUUUUAUUCUGGAGUGUGUAGCAAGUUACAGCGUGGAAAAGAUGCCCUAUGCCAUUUUGCCCAAGGAGAUUCCACGUGGCUCUAAAAUUAUGACCACACCUGUGGUGUGGAAUAAACCAGACAGUCCUUAUGAUGUGCCUUUGUGGAUCAUCAUUCUGGCAGUACUGGCUGGUCUUUUGUUGCUGGCUCUCCUUAUCUAUGUUCUGUAUAAACUUGGUUUCUUUAAGAGAACUCCCUACUACGGCACUGCCAUGGAAAAAGCACAGCUGAAACCUCAGGUUGCAUCUGAAGCUUAAAGCAGGCCUGGAACUCUUCAGUAAGGAUGAAAGACCACUGGAUAUCCAUUGCACUGCACUGCACUGGACGGAAAGACUCCAAGGACUCAAAGCCAAAUGAAUGUUUUUUUUUGUUGUUGUUUUUUUUAAUGCUUUUUGUUGCCUUGUUUUGCUGUGGGUUUGGAUUACAUUCACCAGUAUUAGCCUCACACUCAGUUGCAAUUUUUAGAGCCUGGUUCUAUUGACCGAAAGUCUCCUAUUCAUAGUGAAGGAUCUUCACUAUGAAAUCUUAUUUUCCCUGCACUCAUCUAUGCAGUGUUCACCGUUUCCUUUUCAAUUUUUAAAAAAAAAAAAAUGUUUAACAUAUUUUGGUGCUAGAAACGAUGUGUUCACAUUUUGCUCACUACUUUUUUUUUUUUUUUUUUUUUUUUUUUUUAAAAUGUCAACCGUAAUUAGAAGAUCCUCUGUUUUAGAAUUUGAGUUUUAGUGCUAUAUUUUAAAUACAACCAGUGAUUUUUUAUUUUUUUAUAUACAUUUUUUUUUUUUCAGAGAAUAAGAUCGGAAGAUAAGACUAGCAGUCUUCAUCAUUACAAUCUUUACUUUCUGCUGUGUCCUUUUAAUAUCCAAUUUAAAAAUAAUUGUCUGUCAUCUUAGAAGGUAGGCUUGAAAAAUAUUAAUGGGUUUCAGAGGAAAGUCCCCCUUCCUUCUCUGUCGUCCACCUCUGUACCUCUACGAACUGGGGUUAGUGUAUGUCUCAGGUGAUAGUCGUACAGCAGUGCUCAGAUCAGGUGUGCCACACUCAAAUGGGCUUGGAAAUCCAUUGAGGAUUAUAUUCCAAGUGCAUCUCUUCCCUCCUGCUGACAUAAUUAACAAGAGUGUUGCCUUAUAAAGUCAUCUGGGACAUGACUGGAUGCACAUCAAGCCUGUGAAACCUCAUGAAAUGCCUUGAAGCAGAGCUGUGCUUUGCCGAUGUAUAGGACAGAAUUAUAGCAGGAAGUAGCAAACAGUCAGUGAGGGCUCACUGUGUACAUGGAGUCCUUCCUAUCUGUGCAAAGUACAGAAAACCCACUGUAUACAGUUGGAAUGGGGUUGUCUCUAAGUGUGUAAUAUUCAAUGCACCCAUCAAAUGAGUACCUAAAGUGUCUAUAGAUGUUAAGGGCUAUGGUGAGAAAGCAAAAGACAAUCCCAGUCCAAAUCAGCAGUCUUAGCCAGGGACAGAAUGUGGAAGAAACACCUUUUUCGUUUGUUUGUCUGUCUGGUGUGAGUAUGUGGAUGUGUGCAUACAUGUGUGUCUGUUAUUGUUGUGAGAGAAAGAGGGGUUUCCCUAGUUGCAAAGUUUCUCAUUGUACUUCCAUUUUUGGCCAUCUUGAUACUUAAUAGCAUAUUAAUGCUAAUGCCGAGCCUGGUGGCAAAGUGGUCACUCAUGGACAGAGAUGCUGUAUUCAACUGCAUUAGACACUUAUUAACUGCAAGAAGGAAAGAGAAUAGGCAUAGGGAAGUUUUAGGAUCUGUAUGUAAAGUGCAAUACUGUUUUCUCCUUUUCAUCUUAUUGUAUUUUUUGCCUUUUGUUACUACACCUAUGUUUUGAUACAGACAACAACCUGUUGAGUUGGAGUGGUUAUGCAGAAGAUUAUUAUUAUUAUUAUUAUUAUUAUUAUUAUUUUAAUAAUGAAAUGUAUGAACAUGCCCCAUGCAUUUUUUUUUUUAAGUCACAAAAUAGAUUAGUUUGAGCUAUCAAGGAUUUUCGUUUGAUGAUAACCUUUAACUAUGAACACCACUCUUUCAUCCUUUAACAAUUUGUGCUAUCCAAGAGAGAAAAAUGGAAAACUCUGAGUUAAAAUGACUUUUUAUUAUGGUGUUUGUUGUUCCAAUGUUAUAAUGCGACAGCAAAACUGUAUUGAGUGUUUUUAAUUACACAUUGUUUAGAAAUGUAACGAUCCCCGUUACAAAUUGAAGCUCAAAAAUGACAUCAUUUGCUUGUUCUCGAUGUUUUGCUCAGUUUCAGACAUUUAUUUAUACUGCCAAAAUGUAGAUUUUGUUUAGAUCCCCCCCCACACACACCCCCUCCAUUUCUGCAGCAGGAAGCACUGGUUAUAUUUUGUCCCAUCCCAACCUUUUGUUCUAUCCACAUAAUUUCUUUUUGGUUUUAUUACAUUGUAAAUAUGAUUCGGCAAGGAGAUUUUGUAACUAAAACUCUUAUCUGACAUAAAAUUACAUCACCCCAUAUUGGGGAUAAUUGGAGGGAUGUUAAAGUAAUUAUUUGUAUGGUGUUUUACAAUUUGCAUUUUAAAUAAAUCUUUCAAUUUUUA